GUUUCAAAUGUAUUCUAUAACUUAAAUAAGUUUCGUCUUUUAAUAAAUAUGGCUUAGUUUACACAGAGCAUAGGAAACGUCCAGCAAUAUGUCGGCUACCACGUCAAAUCCUAGUGGCUCGCAUGAACGCUUCUCACCUCACACGCUCGAGAAAGCGGCGAAGACGAAGGUCUCUCUUCAGUCGUUCUACUCUAAUCUUCUAGCACAGCAUAAGGACAGAAAGUCAAGACUAUGUUGUCUCGAAGCGGCAAUGGAAGAGCAAGGUUUAACCGCUCAAGAGAGAGAGGAAAGGAGGAUGCUACAUGCACAAAAAGAAACAGAAUUUCUCCGACUUAAGAGGUCAAGACUUGGCGUUGAUGAUUUUGAUUCACUUAAGGUGAUUGGAAGAGGGGCAUUUGGUGAGGUUCGUCUGGUUCAAAAGAAAGACACUGGCCAUGUCUACGCAAUGAAGAUUCUAAGAAAAGCUGACAUGUUAGAAAAGGAACAGGUCGCUCAUGUGAGGGCGGAAAGAGAUGUGCUGGCAGAAGCAGAAAAUCCCUGGGUCGUUAAAAUGUAUUUCUCCUUCCAAGAUGCUCAAUUUUUGUAUUUAGUUAUGGAGUUUCUUCCCGGCGGAGAUUUAAUGACGAUGUUAAUGAAGAGAGAUACUUUCACUGAGGAAGAAGCACGGAUGUAUAUUGCUGAAUCAGUGUUAGCCAUCGACUCAAUCCAUACGCUUGGAUUCAUACACAGGGAUAUAAAACCCGAUAAUUUGUUGUUGGACAGCAGGGGUCAUAUUAAACUUGCUGAUUUUGGUUUGUGCACAGGCUUGAAAAAAGCGCAUCGAACCGAUUAUUAUAGAGAACUUCAACCGCAAGACAUGCACGAUUUUGUUAAUGAUCCAUUGGACUCGAAAAGAAAAGCCGCCACGUGGAAACGGAUGAGAAGGGCAUUGGCAUAUUCUACGGUGGGAACACCCGACUACAUUGCUCCUGAAGUAUUUCAACAAACUGGCUAUACUAAGACCUCUGAUUGGUGGAGUUUAGGAGUUAUACUUUAUGAAAUGUUGAUUGGUUAUCCUCCGUUUUGUUCAGAAACUCCUCAAGAAACGUACAAAAAAGUAAUGAAUUGGAAAGAGACGCUCGUCUUCCCGCCUGAAAUACCAAUUUCCCAAGAAUCCAGACAUUUAAUUCAAAGACUAUGUUGCGAAUGCGAUCACAGGAUUGGUACAAACGGAGUGGAGGAAAUCAAAGGGCAAGCGUUUUUACGAGGAGUUGAUUGGGAACACAUAAGAGAUCGACCAGCCCCGGUACCCAUCGAAGUAAAAAGUAUUGAUGACACAUCAAAUUUCGACGAGUUUCCUGAUUUAGAUAUGAAUUUUGAAACUUCCGAUGAUCCGGCCAAAGUUGGAGCAACGAAUAGAAAAGACUGGGUUUUUCUAAAUUAUACGUUUAAACGAUUUGAAGGUCUCACGCAACGAGGUCGACCUCUUGGUCUUCCAAUGUAGAACAAGAGGAUUGAAAAUUCAUGUUUUGUAUAUCGGCGUUUUUCGACCGACCUGGAUGUAACUCAAAAGAAAACCUUUUUCCAUGUCGGAUAUUUAUAAUUGUAAAUUUGUAAUGCUACAGAAUAGAUAGCUGAAAACAUAGAUUAAUAAUAAACCAUCUGUGCUUUAAUAGUUCAAACGCUCCAUGUCAACAGUACUCCUUACGCACAAAUUAAGGGUCAAUUUUCUCCUGGGUUAUCGCAUACUAUUAAAUACAAGCGAGCACGUGUUAAAUAUGAAAAAUCCGUCAGAUUCAUCUGACUCAUUUUUCCAAAUCUGGUACAAGACAAUAAAUUUGGAUAUGAUAUAUAUUAAUAUUAAAACUUUGUAGUUGCGAAGUGGCUGCUGAUUGGUCGGAUAAUUAUGGAAAUCGCGAAAGCUAUUUUCCCCACCGAAUUUUUUUUCCAUUCAAAAUUCUUCGAAAAGGAUUAGGUAAAAUAAAAAAGCGUGGCUAUUCGCCACCAACUCUGGUGGUCUAGUGGUUAAGGUUACGACCUACGAUGCGGGUUACUGGUUUGAAUUCCUGCCAAGAUUUUGAUUUUUCCCACACCAUUAUUGACGGAACUGAUUUCGGAUACGAAGUUUUAUUGACUACACAUCCAGACGAUGAGAACUUAGUAAUUAAACAUUGAUUCUCAAACUUGGCAUGGCAGGAACUGUAUAAAUAGCUUGGCAAAUAGCUUAGAGAAGAUUUAAAAUUGUCGGAAAUUUGCGACCGCCAGAACUUUUAUGUUAAAAUUAAAUCCGCAAUUGUUUUAAAUAAUAAUAAUUUAGGCUGGAGUAUUAAUAAUAUUUAUAAGACUGAAUCACAACUCAAAUCACUAAUA